ACUGGAGAUGAUCGCAAAAACCAUGAUAAAGGAAGCUUUGCCGAUAAAGUGUCUCGAAGCUGUUGUCUUGGCCAUAUACUUAACGCGGAAAUGUGUAGAAUUACAGCGGUUUGUUAUGUCAUUCAUAUCCAUGCAUGGUGAAAAUAAAUACAGUCACGUCGUUUUGGGUGUCUGCUGCCGCGGACGUUUUGGAGCCGUUGGGCUGAGUCGUCAAACCGAUCUGAUGUUCAAACCGCUAAGAUACAGCAAGCUUUCCGAACUUAUCAACGACUUCCUCUUCGCCUAUAGUGGUCACGGACACAAGGUUGUGAAACUAAAUAUCAGUACCACGAUCCCGCACUUCCCUCAUUUUCUGGAAACAAUUAAUUGGAAAGGUUUCACUUUCCUCCCCAUAGCUCAUUUGGAUAAUCGUUGGGCACCCGUGGUUGAUGAGUAUGCUAGAAUCAGCACUGAUGGACAGUCUACAUCAGGUUCGAACAGGAAACUUGAGCAUUUUUCCGUCCAAUUUCAGUUUACGUAG